ACACAACACGACGAAAUAGGAAUCUCGCAAAUCGCAAUCGGAUUCCCAUUUUCAACAUUCGACGGCGAAAAUGGAGGAACGGAACGACGCCGGAGAGAGCAGUUUGUUGGAUGGAACCGCUCACUGGUGGUGGGCAUUGGGAAGUGGAGCUCAAAUCAUGUGGGGAGUGCGAUUGAUCCGGAGAGGUUACGCCGGCGACAUUCGUUUAAUGCCUCUCAAAGCCUUCGGCGUCGCAUCACUCUUCGUCGGCUCGUUAGCCACUAGCUCCGUCGCAUUAGUCCGCGCCACAGGGAUCCACACGGUUCAAGAUGCGAUUGAUCUUGGAGCUAACAUUAGAACGAAUUUGGGGGUUACUCCUCAGAUUCCGGAUAAGCAAAUCACCGAGACGGAUGAUUUAUCAUGAACAGAUGGAGCUAUAAAAACUCUGCUCGGAUUCACUAUGAGACGAUCAUGGAAUGAGCUAAUCUGGUAGAUUCCUCUCGUGUAUGUUUGUUCAAAGGUUAUGCGCUCUGUCUUAGUUUCCUUUCUUAAGAUCAAAGUUUUUUCUCAAUAAAUCAUAUCUCAAGAUUGACGAAAUGUACAUAUAUAUGAUUCUACAUAGAACCAAAAUUUCACAAUGCUUCGGAUCAAAAUCCACAACUUCACA